AUGGACAAUACGCAGUUCUCGGAAAUGAUGAAAUUCAUGCGCGAAGAUGCUCAACGACGAGAGGAAGCACAUACGAAACAAAUUGAGCAAUUGCGGGAGGAGGCUCUACGACGAGAGGCUGCUAUUAUCGAGCUGGUCAAGAGUCAAUCGAGGUCUGUCACGAUCCAACCUCCCGAAGAGUACAUCGAACGUCAAAUCACCGCUUUCACAUACGAUCCAGUUGUUGGACUCAUUUUCGACAAGUGGUACGAACGCACUGCCACAGUUUUUGCAUCAGACCGCGGCAAGCAAGUUCCGGAAUCUGAAAAGUGCGCCAUCAUUCGCUCAAAACUAACCUCGUCGGAUUACCAGACUUUCGCUGGAAAUAUUCUGCCUAAGAAGCCGGAAGAACUCACACUCAUCGACACCGUUAAGCACCUUAAGCAACUUUUCGGUCGCAGAGAAACGAUCUUCGCACGACGCUUCAAAGUCUUGCAGAUUCAGAAGAAAUCUGAGGAAUCCUUCGCUACGUACACAGCACGUGUCAAUCAGGCAGCAGAGGAAUUUGAGCUCUCUUCACUCGACAGCGACGACCUAAAGGUGCAACUCUUCACACAAGGCCUCGCGGCACCGACCGAUUCACGCAUCCGCAAGAAGCUCAUGGAAUCGGUGGACGAUCGACUCACGAAGCGAACGGAGGAAGGCGAUGCACCUACGACGAACAAGCUCAAGAUCAACGACAUGCUUGCUAUUGCUCAACGCAUGAUGUCCGAGAUGAAGAAAGCAAGGUCAUCGAGAACCAACCGAGCACCAAGCAAGAAGAAAUCGCAGCUGUUGCAAGCAAGCCAAGGGGAUCUAUCCCGAAGUGUCGCAUCCAAAGACUUCAACGAACGAAACAAGAAAAAGGGUAAGGAACCGACAACAGUAGUGCACAGCACGUCGGCCCAGCACAAACCAUCUCGUAAGACUCUCAAACCGAAGAUCAACGGCAUUGGCGUGGUUCUCAAACACGACACGGGCUCAGAUUGGACGAUCAUCACCGAGAAGGACUGGAAACGAUGCGGCAGUCCCAAGCUCCUCCCAUCCAAGGAAACGGCUAUCAGCGCCUCAGGAGGCGCCAUCGAGUCACUGGGCUCAUUUUCUGCAGUUAUCAAACUCAAAGGACGCAUCGGAAUUGUUCCAGUCCACGUCACAAAACGCAACCUAAGCCUCUUCGGCAACAAUGCACUUGAAGCCCUCGAACUUUGGGACCAACCCAUCACGACUUAUUGCGACAGCAUCGAGACGAACCCACUGGCAGAGGAGGUAAGAAACAAGUUUCCUAAACUUUUCUCGUCUUCGCUGGGUAGAUGUACCCUUCAGAAAGCAUCCCUCAAACUAAAGGAGGGAGCUCGAGUACCAUUCUGCCGCGCCCGACCAGUUGCCUUCGGAGUCCGCAGCACGCUCGACGAGGCCUACGACAAAUUGGUCGACAAGGGUGUCUUCACACCAAUCAACUACGCACACACAGCAGCCCCAGUCGUCGUCGUCAAGAAAAAGGACGGUAGCAUCCGAGUCACCGCCGACUAUUCAACCGGUCUCAACCGCGCGCUGGAAUCAUUCAACUACCCGCUACCGACUCCCGAAUCAAUCUUUGCGACACUCUCCGGUAACGACACAUUCUCGACACUCGAUCUCUCAGAAGCGUUCCUUCAAAUCGAGCUCGACGACGAAGCAAAAGACCUUAUGGCAGUCAACACCCAUCGAGGACUCUAUCGUGUCAACCGACUUCAAUUCGGCGUCAAAACGGCACCCGGUCAGUUCCAACAACUCAUGGACAGCAUCUUAGCAGGCUCGGGAGCAUCGCCGUACUUAGACGAUAUCAUUGUUCCAGGCAAGGGGGAAACCGAUCAUAAAAAGAGACUCUUCGACAUUCUCAAGCGACUGGAGGACGCCGGUCUCCGACUUAAACUUGGAAAAUGCAAGUUCGGCCAACCCUCGAUCAAGUUCCUCGGCAAGAUCAUCGACGCAGAAGGCCAACGCCCAGACCCUGAGAAACUCCAGAUCAUCCGAGACCUCCCCCAACCGGCGGAUAUCUCACAGCUACGAGCAUUCUUGGGCGCAAUCAACUGGUAUGGCAGCUUCAUUCCGAACUUGAAAGACUUGAGAGGACCGCUCGACGAACUGCUACGCAAAGACGAGAAAUUCGAAUGGACGGAGCGACGAAGCAGAGCGUUCACGCAGCUCAAACAGGCUCUCCAUUCAAACCUUGCUCUUUCUCACUACGACCCGGGGAAACCACUGGUCGUCGCCGCCGACGCCUCCAGCUAUGGUGUCGGUGCAGCUUUACUACAACGUCUCGAGGACGGCACCCUGAGACCGAUCCAAUACGCGGCCACCUCUUUCAACAACGCCGAACGUAACUACGCUCAGGUUGAACGCGAGGCCUUGGCCCUGGUCUACGCAGUCAAGAAAUUUCACCGCUACAUCUACGGACGACACUUCGAAUUGCAAACGGACCACAAACCGCUUCUCAAGAUCUUCGGUGACAAGAACGGCAUUACGGUCCACACGGCAAACCGACUGAGACGUUACGCGAACACUCUGCUUGGAUACGACUUUACUAUCAGGUACAUCGACAACGCCAGCUUCGCAUACGCCGACUUCGUCUCACGCCUGAUCAGCACUCAUGCCAAACCGGGAGCCGAAGACAUCGUCAUAGCAGAGAUCCGACAAAGCGACUACGAGAAAGAGGAAACGGAGUUUAUGGUCGACGCUGUGAACUCACUUCCGGUCAAACUCGAGGACCUCCAACGCGCCACAUCCGAUUGCUCACACCUUCAACUCGUCAUGAGCUACGUCAGAACUCACUGGCCUACACGGCGGCGUCAAAUUCCUGACUCAGAAGCAGCAGAAUACUUCAUUCACCGACAAGAUCUGCGAAUCAUCCAGGAUUGCCUCUUCUCGGGCGACCGACCAAUCAUCCCACCGAUUCUUCGCACGAAAAUCCUUGGUGAACUCCACACCGGACAUCCGGGCUCAUCUCGCAUGCAAGGCCUCGCCAACGAAAAAUGCUGCUGGCCGAACAUGUCUCGACACAUCUCAUCGUUCGUCCAACGUUGCUCCAAAUGUGCCACAAACGCUAAGUCCCCAGUAAAAGAAAUUCUCCACCCAUGGCCGGUCCCUAACAAACCAUGGAAACGCAUACACAUAGAUUUCGCCGGUCCCAUCGACCACGACUCCUUUCUGGUAGUGGUCGACGCUCAUAGCAACUGGCCCGAGAUCGCCCGCAUGCGAUCAACUACGGCGGAGAAGACAACAGAAGCAUUGACAGAGAUCUUCGCCAGAUGGGGAACCCCCGAAACAAUCGUCUCCGACAACGGUCCCCAGUUCAUCUCCAGCACAUUCAAAGACUUCUGUGCCAUCAACGGCAUCAAGCAUGUCACCUCUGCGCCUUACCACCCCCAGUCGAAUGGAAGAGCAGAGAAAUUUGUCGACACUCUCAAACGAGGACUGCUAAAACUCGAAGGAAGCAUUGAUGAAAAACUACGCAUUCUCCUGUCCAGCUAUCGUCAAACGCCGUGUGCAGCCCGCGGAAGAAGUUCACCCUUUGAGCUCAUGACUGGCCGCAAGAUGCCAUCCCGACUCGACCUUCUCCAGCCAGCGCAACGCUCAACAGUCAGUCUGCCUCAUAGCAUGUCAAGACAAUUCAACCAGCAUCACGGAGCACGCCUCCAUACAUACAGGGCCGGAGACCCAAUCUUCUACCAGAUGCAUUCGAGAAACGGUUGGACAUGGCAGACAGGCUCAAUUGUCAAACAGCUCGGACGGACAAACUACCUAAUCACGGUCGACAACAGAAUGCUGAAGGCUCAUACGAAUCAGCUUAAACGACGAUAUCCAACCGAAGAAGAGCAUGAAGACGACACUUACGAAUCUUCUUGUUCUCCACAGUCCACACAGACGAUUCUGCACACUCGAGCAACCGAACCGGACGAAGCAGGCGACAGCGACAACGCGAACCUCGAAUCAGAUUCGGAAGAGUUUGAGUCAGCACUCGAAGAAUCAACUGAUGUAGACCUGGAAGGCGAAGCUCCGGAACCGGUUCGGACGCGACCACAGCGCUCAACAGCGGGACGACUGCCCGAGCGGUACAGAGAUUUCGUCAUCGACCUUAUCACGGCGCUCACGAGCCGCCGGCUUUAA